ACAAGUAGGACGCUCCAAACCACUGACAUACACACUUCAGGAUUAUAAAACAUUAAUGUAAUAAUUUAUUCUGGGUAAAAGAUACAACUUCUGGAGCUCUCUAUAGGCUGCUUCUUACAUACACCAAGAAAGCAGUUAAUAACCUGCCAUAGGAACUAGGGCAUCAGUGAGACCUAACCUGCCAAGGUAGCUGGUGAUGGAAUAUAUAAGUACAUUGAUUAAAUAAAAUUGCUAACGUUGGACCUUGUGAAGAUAAUGGCCUCCAUGGACCGCAAUAGGAGCAUUACAGGAAACUUUCAGCACAUCGCAUUCGUUUUCUUAUACCUUGUUCUGGUUGCUGCUAAUGGGAAACUAUUCACUAUAAAAUCUAUUAACGGAACAGAACUGUUUUACUUAGAAGAAGCUCAGAGAUUGUGUGCUAUAGAGGGAUCACGGUUAGCUACACCAGAAGAACUGAGACAAGCUGUUUUGGAAUGUUCCUUCACGGUUUGCACAAAAGGAUGGCUGGCCAAUGGUGUUGUGGGGACUAUUUUAUGUAGCACAAUGGAAAGUGUACAUGAAAGUAGAAUAAAAGUUGUUGAUGUGAAAGUUGACAGACCCAUUACGGAAGAAGAGCAGUUUAAUGCUUUCUGUGUUAAAGAUGAAGAUAAACCUUGUGGUGACCCUCCUUCAUUUCUUCACACAAUCUUAUAUGGCCACACAGGAUUUGAAAUGGGAGAUGAGCUGCUCUAUGUCUGUUCCCAUGGUUAUGUGAUGGGUAAAGGAGAAUCAGCAUUUACUUUACUGUGUGAUAGCUGUGGAAAAUGGUAUGGACAUGUACAUGCCUGUGUCAAAGAUGAGACAGAAACAUUUAUUGACUAUGAGGACAACUUAAAUGACGAUAAAGAUGUACCAGAUUUUGAAUCAUAUAAUGAAGAGGAAGAUUAUGAUGAUGGCUACAAUGAGCAACAUGAGUUGUCUCUUAACAUUCAUAAUGAACAAAAUGCUCAUUUGGAAGAUGCAAGAGACCCAACAUCUAUAGAAAAAGCCAAUAAGAGACCAACAGAAGCUCCAUUUUCAUUAAGUCAAACACAUCUCUUUUGGUUUUCUCCAGAAGUCAUUAGUGGGAUUAAAUCUGAGAUGGAGCAGCAUGAUAUCACUAAAACACAUUUAAAUAAUAUCAAAUACAUGGGAAUACAAACUGAUAAUCAUGAUCACGUAAACAGCCAACAUAUGACUUACAAAGAUCAUCCAAUGUAUACUUCAGAAAAGAAAAAUAAUACCAAAGCCAACAAAAAUGUAUCUGAAAACACAAACAGUUCUUUUUUAAAUGGCUAUACUACUCGAGUUACUACUCAAAGUAUUGAUGGUUCUGUGGAAACAGAAGACAUUUCCCUGGUAACGUUUAAAACUGUAUUAAGUAACAUUGAUUCAACUGCACUUUCUGCUAACACAGAUUUGAAUGGCGUAGCUACAGCUUUCCCAACACCAACAACACUUGGCAACAGUCAAGCAGUAGUACAACCUGAAUCAACCAUUGUUCCUGAAAACAGAAACUCUGAUGAAGUAAAUAAUGACAGUAGUAGUAUGGGAUAUCACACUAGCAAUCUAAAAUUUAUAGAUGAUGAAUCUAUGUUACCAACUGUUCAUGAUGCUUCAGAGUCCAUUCCCACAGUAGAUUACCAUAAAGUAAACGUAGACUCGACUAUAUUAUUAGCAAACAUUUAUGACCUACUUAUACAGUCAACUCCCUCGGAAAUAGAGUUUACUGUGGGCCAGAAUUCCAAGACAUUUGAAGAAGACAUCUCAGAAGGAAAACAAAUGGUCUCUACAGUUCAGCCAUGUCUAGGAGAUGAAUGUUUGCAAGUUUCUAAAGGUCAAUUGAUUGCCAUUAUUGUGGUUAUAAUUUGUUUACUCUUGUUGUUAACAAUCAUGGCAGUUUGGUGUUAUAAAAAACAGCACAAGAGUUCAGUAUACAACUUGAAUGGAAACAGACACCUCCAACAUAUUGAAAUGUAGAAAAUAUGAAAAACUCUACAUUACUUAUGACAAGAGAAAAAAUGUUGUCAAUUAAUUCCGAUGUCUUUAUUUCAAGAUGGAUUAAUGUAGUUUACGAUUUGAUGUAGUUUAUAUUUUGAUUCUUUAUUUUUAGUGAGUCAACUGCAAAAAAAC